AUGUUGUACACAUUGGCUUGGAUUCUGAUCAUAUACGUCUGUUAUUCUCUAUGUGACGGGGAUACUGUAUCGUUAGUCAACAAUGAGAGAUAUUCAGUGGCUCGGGAUAGAAGAUUCCUUCUCUAUGAUGUGAAUCAUGGAGAAGGGUUCAAUCUUAGAAGAGACGUUUACAUGCGCAUUGCUAAUGCUGUAAGAUUGCUUAGAAAAGCUGGAGAGCCGUUCAUCCUGGUGCUACCACCUUGGGGAGGUCUCUACCAUUGGAAGCAACCAAACGUACGAUUGAAGUGGUCCGAGUUCUUCGAUGUGAAAAGCUUGAACGAAUUUGUGCCUGUUCUAGAAUUCGAAGAUUAUCUACAAGAAUAUGGCACGUUAAUAGAUCAAGUUGUUUAUCUGCAACACUACAAGGAAGGCUGGAGUGACGAUUACAUAUUGAAAUACGACCGGAGGGAAUGUAUUGAAGGCUCGCGUUUCUAUCGCAGGGAAGGACAUUUAUGGCGUGGCUGGUUCUUUUCUUAUGACGAGGUUCGUGCGAAAAAAUUCGAGUGCAUAUCGAUCCAAGGAGAUUCGGAAACAUUGAAGAAACUCAUCUUAAACCAGUACCCUGAGACUUCAAGCAUCUUCAUCGAUCGUGGUGAAGCUAUUCUGCAUCAGCACUACGGCGACGUGCAUUAUUGGCAAGCGCGACGAAGUAUGCGUUAUGCAAAGCAUCUUGUAGAAAUUGGCGAUUUCUUUAGAGAAUCGCAACUCGAAUCCACCGAUGAGCAGGAUAGGACCCAGCUCGCUGUCUCCCGAAAUGACGUCAAGAACCGUGAUGCUAUAGGUGGUAACUUCCUUUGUGCUCACUGGAGACGUAGAGAUUUCGUACGGGCUCAUGGUGAUGAAUUGCCAAGUAUAAACGGCGCAGCAAAACAAUUGAAUGACCUCUGUGAAAAAGCGAGAGUGACGCGCAUUUUUUUGGCCACUGAUGCGUCAGAGUCAGAGGUGGAGCAGUUGUCCGCGAUGUUACGUGUUCCUGUAUUAAGAUUUAAAAACUCGACACUACCAGAUGGAGCGGUUGCGAUUAUUGAUCAGUGGAUUUGUGCUCAUGCCCGAGUGUUCGUGGGAAGUCACGUAUCUACGUUUUCCUACCGCAUCCAGGAAGAUCGUGAGAUUCUUGGAUUCGCGCCGAACACCACGUUCAAUCGGUUGUGUCCUGACAAAUUGAACAACUGCGAACAACCGGCGAAAUGGACAAUCGUUUAUGAAUGA